AUGGAUAUCGAUGCCAAAGAGUAUCAGUUGAGAUGCCAACUUCGAGGCCACGAACAAGAUGCUCGUGGCAUUUGCAUAUGUGGCAAUGCUGGUAUAGCUACCUCUUCUAGAGACAAAACGGUUAGGUUUUGGACGCUGGAUGAGCCACAGAAGCGUGACUACUCAUUGUCUAAAAUACUGUUGGGACACACUAGUUUUGUGGGGCCGUUGGCUUGGGUCCCACCGAACGAGGAGUUUCCCGGGGGUGGAAUUGUGUCAGGAGGGAUUGACACUCUAGUUAUUGUGUGGAAUUUGGCCACGGGCGAGAAGGUGAAGACUUUAAAGGGUCAUAAGUUGCAAGUUACUGGCGUUGUGUUGGAUGGUUCGGAUAUCGUUUCAGUAUCUGUUGACUGCACAUUGAGACGCUGGAGGGAAGGUCAGUUAGUUGAUGCCUGGGAAGGUCAUAAAGCAGCAAUUCAAGCAAUUGUGAAGUUGCCUACUGGGGAGCUUGUGACAGGUAGUUCGACGGACAUGACUUUGAAGCUUUGGAAAGGGAAAUCUUGCAUGCAUACUUUCCUUGGGCAUACAGACACCGUGCGUGGGAUUGCUGCUGUGCCAGAUCUAGGAAUCCUUUCAGCAUCACAUGACGGUUCUAUCAGGCUGUGGGCAGUUAGUGGGGAACUUCUCAUGGAAAUGGUUGGUCACACGUCCAUUGUCUAUUCUGUUGAUGCACAUAUAUCUGGGCUUAUAGUCAGUGGUAGUGAAGAUUGUUCGGCAAAAAUAUGGAAAGAUGGAGUUUGUAUACAAAGCAUAGAGCAUCCUGGUUGUGUUUGGGACACCAAAUUCUUGGAAAAUGGCGACAUUGUGACGGCUUGUUCUGAUGGAGUUGUGCGAAUUUGGACUUUAAAUCAUGAAAAGAUAGCUGAUGAUGUAGAGCUCAAUUCAUUUUUUACUCAACUUUCUCAAUACAAAAUUAGCAGGAAGAGAGUUGGAGGCAUGAAAUUAGAAGACUUACCGGGUCUUGAUGCACUCAAGACUCCAGGAAGUAGUGAUGGGCAGACCAAGAUAGUACGUGAAGGAGACAAUGGUGUGGCGUACUCAUGGAAUAUGAGAGAACAGAAGUGGGAUAAGAUUGGUGAAGUUGUUGAUGGUCCUGAUGAUAACAUGAGCCGUCCUUUGCUUGAUGGAAUCCAAUAUGACUAUGUGUUCGAUGUCGACAUUGGAGAUGGUGAGCCUGUACGGAAAUUGCCUUACAAUCGUUCAGAGAAUCCCUAUGAUGUGGCUGACAAGUGGUUGCUCAAUCAGAAUUUACCACUUUCUUACCGGCAGCAAAUAGUGGAAUUUAUUAUGCAAAAUACAGGCCAGAAGGAUUUUACCCCGGAUCCAAUGUUUCGAGACCCCUACACUGGAGCCAGUGCUUAUGUACCGGGAGCUCCUUCCGCAUUGCCAGGUUUAUUUGAUAAAACAAAUAUGUUCUCUCUCCAGAAAGGGAUGCUUGUGUUCGAUGUUGCCCAAUUCGACGGAAUCCUCAAAAAAAUUUCUGAGUUCAGCAGUGUCCUGCUGUCUGAUCCGGAGAAAGCACAUCUAUCAAUGAAUGAGGUUGAUGUUUCGAGACUGAAUGCCAUCGUUAAGAUUUUGAAAGACACAUCACACUAUCACAGCACUACUUUCUCAGAUGUUGAUGUUGCAUUGCUGCUGAAAUCUGAAUCUCAUCAUACUGUACAUAUGGAUCAUGAGCCUGAGAUUAAUCCUUUGCUCGAAAGCACCUAUUCUUCAUCCGACAACACGCUACUUGACACGGCAAACUUCGAAUGCAACAUAUGUUUCGAGCUGGCCCAAGAGCCAAUCGUGACCCUUUGUGGCCACUUAUACUGUUGGCCUUGCCUCUACCAAUGGCUUCGGCUUCAUUCACACUCGCACGAAUGUCCCGUUUGUAAGUCCAUUGUGCAGGAAGAGAAGCUCGUUCCUAUUUUCGGCCGGGGAAAAUCGAACCGGGACCCGAGGUCAAGAUCUUACACGGGAAUCACGAUUCCCAACCGGCCAAUGGGGCAGAGGCCACAAACCGCGCCUCGUGUGGAUAUGAAUAGUUUUGUUCGGCCGAACGAUGUGGACCCCAUCACGGGGUUUAUGCCGAUGGCUGUCGCGCGGUUCGGUCACACGACUCUCUCGACUAUUUUCGGCGCCCUUCCGGCUAUUUUUAACCUUCAGGUGAAUGGUUUUCAUGAUGCUACUGUUUAUGGGGCGACACCAUAUAUGUUCUCUAGUACUUUUCAUGGAGGUUACAUUCACGGCUUUCAUAACUAUCACACGGUGCCUAUUGAGUGGAAACCAAUUGUUUGGAAGGUUCUAUUCGUUUUUCUCGGGUUAUUGAUACUUCUACAUUUGAUCAUUGCAUGA